AUGUCCCCAUGUCCCCACCAGACCCUGGACGACCUCGACCGGCGCGUGAAGGAGGCCGGGCUGGAGAUCACCUUCCGCCAGAGCUUCUUCUCCGACCCCUCCGCGUCCGUCCGCAACCUCAAGCGCCAGGACGCCCGGAUCAUCGUGGGGCUCUUCUACGAGACGGUGGCGAGGAAGGUCUUCUGUGAGGUCUACAAGGAGAAGCUCUACGGCAAGAAGUACGUCUGGUUCCUGAUUGGCUGGUACGCCAACAAAUGGUUCCGCACGCCGGACCCUUCCAUCAACUGCACCGAGGCCGAGAUGGCCGAGGCCGUCGAAGGUCACAUCACCACCGAGAUCGUCAUGCUCAACCCCGAGAACACGCGCAGCAUCUCCAACAUG